AAUCAUUUGACAACGCUAGUUUGCGAUAUGAGAGAACUAUGGCUUCCUCCUUGAUUAAGUGGUUAAGAGGAUUAUAUGUUUUUUUCUUAACAUGUCUCCUGUCCGUCUUUGCUUUUUUGAAUUUAGAAGAAUUAAAUGAAAUGAAAUAUGGAAUACAGAUUCUGCCCGAUCCUGUUAUUAUGGGACAGAUGGAAGAUGUGAUGUUGGUCUCUAACAAAUACAAGCAGCUGUAUGAGUGUCGUUUACCAGCUCAGGCAGUGCGUUUCCAUCAGGACCCGGUGUCAGAACCUGAUGUUCAAGGCUACAGUGGUCCAGGCGUCCCUGAUCUCCUCAAGCCCAUGCAAACUGCACCAUGCCUGGUUAAGACCAAAGACUGGUGGACUUAUGAGUUCUGCUACGGCCAGCACAUCAGACAAUACCACUUAGAAGAUUCUGAGAUCAAGGGAGAUGUGCUUUUCUUGGGAUAUUAUGAUUCAGAGUUUGACUGGACCAAUGAAACUGCUAAGGCAUCUAAGCAGCAUAAACUGAAGAGGUAUCAUAGUCAGUCAUAUGUCAAUGGCUCUAAAUGUGACUUGAAUGGGAACCCCAGAGAGACAGAAGUCAGAUUUGUGUGUGAGGAGGGCUCUAGUGACUAUAUUGCGAGGGUAGAUGAACCUCAGUCCUGCCGCUACGUCUUAACAGUACACACCUCUCGUACAUGCCAGCAUCCCCUCCUGCGUCCACCUUCCACUGCCAAACCACAAGGCAUUGUGUGCCAACCUGCUCUCAGUGCCCAGCAGUAUAUGGACUAUGUCAAGGCUCAAGUCUCUGACACUAAACGUAAAGUGGAGCAGAUCUCGGAGGAGCUCAAGAACCUGGAUGAAAUUUUGUCCAAGGAUGACAAGAACAAGGAAUUGCAAGACGAUAAAACAGAUGAGGACCCUGCAGACCAUUCAGAUGAUCCUCCACCUUCAGAGUCAGAAACAAAAGAGGGUGGAGAAGCUGAGGUGCGCUCAGUGAGUGAAGAGCCAGAAGACAAGGACUUCUGGGAUGGAGUUACCAAACCAGCAAGCACAGAGUCAAGCACACCUGACUCAGAGAGCCCUCAGGAGCCUCAGGACAGCCAAAUACAUGAAAAUGACAUAUUUGGAGAGGAAAAAUUUAAUUUUAAAAUCAUCACAGACCCUGCAGACCUCAUGAAAUUUGUACAACAUCUCAGAGAGAGCAACCAAAAAAACAGGAAAGCCGAGCUGGAAAAAGAGAACCAGCAGUCAUCUCAGAAAAGAGAGGAGCAGGAGAAGGAGGAGAAAAAGGAGGAGAAAAAAGAGGAGAGGGCAGCAGAAAGGGAGGUGGAGGUAGAGGAAGGGGAUGACGAUGAAAGAUUGCUGCAAGAAUUUGAGGAUGAGAUGGCAGAUCUGUCUGUUCCCUCCUCCAAGAUAGAAGAGAUAAAAGAAGAGAUGCAGAAAGAGUUCGACAACAUCAUAGAGGAAGCUCAGCAGGAGUUAGAAAAUGAAGGUCUUAAGGGCGAGUUUGAUCGCUCUCAGGCUACGCAAACUCUAGAGAACACACUGGGGAAACUUCUGGAUCGUCUUGAAGACAAGACUGGACAUGAGAGUGAACCAGAAACAGACAAAAAUACAGAAAUGCAUAAAAACACACAGUCACAGCAUAAGACAGAGGGAGACCCUUCUCCUGGCAGCCCAAACCUGGUUCCCAAAACACCAGCGGGCAACAAUGGCGAGCAGGUAAAAGUCAGGGUGACUAAGUAUAAGGUGGGCGGAGGUGUGGCUGCAGGAGCGGUUACCGGGGGCAGCGAUGAUGAUGAUGAUGAGGGGGGUGUGAAGGUGAAGGAACUGGGCGAGGGCGACCCCCAGUGGCAGCAGAUUCAGGAAGUGGUCAAAGAGCAGCUAGAGAGAGCCGGCAUCAAGGCCGAAGGAAAGAUUGAGGUGAAGAUUUUAACCCGAAAAACAGCAGAGGAAGCAGGAGACCAGUGGCUCACUGAGGAGGAUACAAAAUCAUUUAGAGAGCUUCUCAUCAACCUUCUGACGGGAGGUACAGAAGAAGUGUAUAAAGAACAGAAGAGACAGCAAGAGUUGGAGAAUAACUACAAAUUUGUCUGGGGAGAAAAACAGGAAGAGAGCCAGUCCACAGGAAACAGUGAUUCUGAUGAAGCAGACUUUUGAACCUUUUCCUCUUUUCUCAAACGCUGUUAACCUGAAGAAUUGCAGCCAGCGUUCUCUGAACUAUGAACUGCCUGAUCGUCAGAUGCAUCACAACCAAACAGCUCUCUUAGACCGUUUAAGUCAUGUGAGCCCUGUUUAAGGUUCAGUCCACUGCCGUGAAUUCUGAUUAUCCUGUAUGAGCAUCUGUGAGUGGUCUCUAUCUUGCCUGAUUUCAAACUGGGAUUUUUUUUUUUUCUGAACAAACAAAGAAAUACACACAUUUCAUUUGUGUUGCGCUUUAUGUCUGUGUGACACAGACUAUUCUCUUCUUUGACACACAGGCAAAACAUCAGUUAGUAUGCAUGUCAAAGUUUGUUUUGCAAAGUCUGAAUCAACAUUCUAAUCCUUGGACAAACAGUGAUUUUGUUUGUCUUAGUUGCUCUGUUAGAAAAUCUGGAUGCCUUUUUAAAAAACUUAUCCACAGUAUGGUGGUAGAGCUUGAUUAUCCACAUAUUUUGUUUUGUUUUUUGAAGAUGUCGUGGUCACAGGCUCACAACUGUGACAAAGAGCAACUUUCUCCAACAAAUCCUGAGACUGGCCCAGCCCUGAGCAAAUAAUUCAGUGUACUGCUUCAGUUUUGUCUUAAUUCAUGUUUUUGACAAGUUUGUUUGUGCAGCCCAGUUGUAAGAUGCAAACUUAGCUUAGAACCUGGACAAAAACUGUUGCCAAACAUUAGGAAUCUACAGCAUUUAGCCACCGCCAGCAGACAAGGGCUCUCUUUGUUGUAAAUGUUUUGAAUUACCAUCAUACUUUGGUUGAUUGAUUGUAAAUAAUGUUGCUACAGCAUUUGAUUUGUUCGAUAAUAAUUUAAGGCAUACUUCCCGUUUCUAUUUUCUAACGUAAGCACACUUGCCCUUUUCGUGAGGGAUUGAGUGGUUAAAGCUGCUGUAAGCAAUUAAACAAAAAACGAAAAAUAUACAUGUGUCUUCAAACAUCACACUGCCUCUGUGAGAGGCCGUGUGGUUGGCAAACAGUAAAAUAAAAAGGAAAAGAGGCGCGGCCCGCCUCUUUGUUUAUGUUAGGGGCGGGACGACUUGUUUGUCCAAACAGCGUUUUUCAAAUUUUCAGUGGAUCAGAAAAAUCACUUACAGCAGCUUUGGGUUUUCAGAAGGUCACCAGGAGAUGCACAACUGUUCAUUUUUGUACUACUAAGGAAACGUUCAAUCUCAGAAAUCUGUUGAAAAUGCAUUGCAAAUCUUCGUUUGAAAGAUGACUGAACAAUAAAAUGUACCAUAA